GGGAAGUUGGUCUUUGGCCAUCGCGGAAGGAAAGUUUAAUGAGUUACAGCGCUAUAAAAAUUCACGUGCCUCCAACACUCAUUUAAUAAAACAGAUUUAAUUUUCUUUACGCAAAGGCUUCAUGGUUCAGUUAUGAUUGCGCCAUCUUCGCAUUAGCGCAUCUGCAGGUUGCGUCCAUUACUGCGCGCUCGUUGGCAAGUCUGAAAAUGACUGAUCAGAGAAGAAACGCUUUAAAAACAAUACUUCAGUUGAUGUGUCAACUUCUAUGGGUAGUGGGGUUGGUGGUGGGCCUGAGUGGAGUCUACCUGCUGAUGAAAUACAGACAGAGUAGCUUAUUUUUUUCUCACACCUACAUCACUCUGCCAGCUGUCCUCGCUCUCGCCAGCGCUGUGUUCCUAUUGGCCAGCGGGUGCCUCGGCACCUGGCUGAGCCUCAGGGAUUCCACUUUUCUGCAGGGACUGUUUGUUUAUCUGCUAGUUUUGGUCUUUUGUCUGGAAAGUACGGCUUCAGCGUUGGCUUAUUUUCACUAUACGAAGCUGGAUUCAGAGAUAGCUCCCCUCAGUGGAGUGUUUCAGAAAUACACAGGCAGCAGCCAGGACCCCAACUCUCAAACUGUGGAUGCUACACAAGAGGAGUUGCAGUGUUGUGGUGUCCAUGACUACAGAGACUGGUUGGAAACCUCUUGGUUUGACCGUACAGGAGGACUCUUGGUUCCUCACAGCUGCUGCAACUCUACUUUUCCCUCCUGCAAUGGCACUGUGGACCAGCCAUGGCAGCUUUAUGUGCAGGGCUGCCAGAUGAAGGUGGAGAUGUCCUUACAGUUUGUGCUGGGUUUUAUCAUCUGGGGCUUCCCACUGGUUUUUGUGGUGGAGGUUGUUUUGUUUCUGACGGUGGCACAACUGAUGAAGGACCAACCAUUGAUGGAAUAUCAAGUACUGGACAAAAACUAACGACAGAUAAGACAGAUAGGACAGCAUUGCACAGAUAUUAUAAUACUACAUAGUAUGUCAUAUUGUGUAAAUGUUCAUCAAAUUAUUAUUGGGACUGUUGUUAGAAUAAUUAUUCCUGAGCUGCAGGCACUCUCACUACUGCAGAUUAAUGCAGGUUUACUUCAGUACACUACAAGACAUCUAACAUUAAAGUUGUGAAAGAUAUUUGGUGCAAUGCAGUUACUAUUGUUAAUUAUUGGUAUUUCUGACACCCAAUAGAUUACGAUGGUUCACAGAAAGUUGUUUCUUACUUUAAAUAUACUGUUGCACCAUUCAGUCUAUUUAUGUGUAGACUCAACAAUGUUGUAUGAUAUUGCUGAGUGGUAAUAAAAGGGCAAACAAUUCUUA